CCAUUUUCGGGCAGCUGUUGUGAUUUGGUAGCGACAAUAAUCUUUGUCCAUCCUUCAUACCAGGGCCCCCUAAUGCACUUUAAUCUUCCGAUUCACAUUCAGGAAUAUUUCGGCUUGCUUUGGAAGAAAUAUUACAGAACUUGAUGUUGUUUCAAAGUAUUUUUGAGUAAUUUUGUCGACCGACCGGAACCAUCUUUUUGUGUUUACAAAAAUUCCAAACAUUGCCACCGCAUCACUUUGAUCGAAAAUGCCUCGUGGAGUUUUCCAUCCUAACUUCGUUUCUCCAACCUCGAUGCAUCACCGGGAGUUUCAUGUGACAUCUCUACUGUCCCCUGAAAAACAAUUGCUCGGUGUUUCGAGUGUUUACGACGCAACAACACUGAUUGAUGUGGAUGGACAAUGCGACUCCCUUGCAAACAUUCUUGAUGAAGUGGCCUCGUACACCCCUCUCGGUCCUGACCCGAUUUCAACACAAAAAGCAUCCCUAAUGCGGCCCCAGGCCAAGCGUAAGCUUGAACUAGAGCCCCGCCUGCCAAUGAAUGAGGGAUUCAAGACGCCAAAGGCCAAGAAGCGACGGACAAGUUCCGUCUCGAGUACGGGAAUGAGCCCAAAAGUCAAGUCGCCCCUUGAGAAGACGAGAUACGACACAUCUCUGGGACUCCUGACGAAAAAGUUUGUGGGGUUAUUGAGAGCCGCACCGGAUGGGAUUUUGGACUUGAACAAAGCAGCCGAAUAUCUUGAAGUCCAGAAACGGAGGAUCUAUGACAUCACAAACGUAUUGGAAGGCAUCAACCUGAUAAACAAAAAAUCCAAAAAUAACAUCCAAUGGAAGGGGUCUAGUCAAGCCUUCUCAAAAGAACCAACCCGGAAUGUCAGUGCGGCACAGGUCGACUUACACUCUGAUCUAGCAGACCUCGAGGCCAAAGAAAACCGAUUAGAUGAACUUAUCCGAAAUUCGACGCUACAAUUAAAAAUGUUGACAGACGACCAGGAAAAUUCUCGUUUGGCCUACGUGACGUACCAAGAUAUUCGAAGUAUAAAAAGUUUCGAGGAACAGACUGUGAUUGCUAUCAAGGCGCCUCCAGAGACACGGCUCGAGGUGCCAGAUCCAACGGAGAGCAUACAAAUUUGGUUAAAAAGUACACGCGGUGCGAUUGAAGUUUUCCUGUGUCCCGAGGACAGUAGUUCAAGUAGUAACAGUGGUACUAGUCAAAGCAGUUGUGACGAGUCGAGUUGCUCAGAAGAUUCGAGGGACGGAUUUGGCUACAGAGCAAAUCCCAAGUUAAAGAACGCGCUUCUCGAAGAGCAAGACAUCUCGCCCGAUAACUGCCGAGACAUUCUCCUCCAGACCGAAGAUCAGAACCUCGACCAUCCGUUCUUACAACUCGAACCUCCUCUCAGCGAAUCAGAUUACACGUUCAGUUUAGACGACGCGGAAGGCAUCUCCGAUUUGUUUGAUGCCUAUGAUUUGCAUUUUUAGAUGUCGAUGAUAUUUAAUAUUCGUUUUCCUCAAGAUUUCCCCCCAAGUAAUUCCAUCAGUACUCCUUUAUCUUUCUCCUCAACAGCAAUGUAACAUUUCCGAUAUUUGGAGGAUUCGGAUUGAAACCCUGUUGUUACUUGCUCCUUCUCGUUUAGAAAUUGAUGGGAGUUGCUCGGGUGAAGUCUUGAGGAGAAGUAGUCACUGCCAUACCAGUUUGUCGAGCAUUUAUAAUGUGCUGACAUUGUUUUUGUUGUACAUUUCAAUUUUUUGUGUUGUUUUUAGACAACUUCCAUGUUCAAUGCAGUUGUGUUCAUGAUAUUGUAGUGGAUCAGUCUCGAUCUACUAAACGGUCUUUGACUCUCUGUGUUAAUCUGUUAAAAAAGUGCGUUCCAAUCCAUGAAGUGAAUCAGUUCUCGUCCAAAAAAGGCCUAGGCAUCGUUCAGGUUACCUUGAUGAAUGGCUCAUGCAAACCUUUGCAAGUUUCUUCAGUAGGAAAAACCUUCAAGUUAGACUAGACCAGGGUGGGCUGGACUAACGUCCAAUAGUUUAUUGUACAUAACAUUUCACAAGGAAAGCAUAGCGAAGUUAGUGUAUCAUGUGUUCACUUGUGGUCCUAAAAGGCCAAUAAGGACCAGAUUGUAAAAAGUUUGAAACAUGGUGCUACAGUUCGGGCUCUGUACAAAUAUGACUUGUUCUCUCUUGAACUUUGAAUUCCUCAUUGUAGUGAAAUUAUCUUUACGAUAGUAGAUGUUGUUUUUAUUAUCAUUAUUGUUGUGAAUUUAGGCUGAAAACUUUGCCCUUGUUUAUGCGUGCCACUUGGCUUGACGAGUGGCCAAGUGGUUUUGAACAAGGCCCUGGGUUCUGCACCUUUCAAACAGCUAAUGAAAUUGAAUAUUCUUUUUUGAGUGUUGCAUGUUGUGCGUUUAGUGUUCAUAAUCAUAGUUUUUGUCAGAUUUUUGUAAGGUAAGGUGGUACAUAGCCCCAGUACAAAUAUAACUGAGUGUACUACAAGCCCUUUUCAACACUGCAGGAGGUAAAAUUGUACUGAGCCUAAAAUUGUACUGAGCCUAAAAUUGUACUGAGGCAAAAUUGUACUGGAACUAUAAUUGUACGGGAGGUAAAAUUCUACUGCCUGGGGCUAUAAUUGUACAGGGGAUAUAAUUGUUCCACUUUACCUUAUAUUACUUCAGAGAUUUUUUAAAAAUUUUUUCGGAUGGCUGUUUCAGCUGGGCAAGGCGGCAACAAAGUGUUUUCUGAACUCACCGAAGCCAGGCAUACCUGACCUUGAAUAUUUGAGCUGCUCUGGCGAGGAGUGUUGCCUCUCUGAAACAUGUUAUUUUUCUCAUGAUGAGUAGGAUUUAUCUCUCUUCGUUCUUUUUUCUCACUCAGCAUUUGUAGCAGUAGCACUCUCCCUUCACUUUGAGAAAAUGUCUAUGAUUGUAUCACAUUCAAAAAGUCUGGUCACACACAAUCACUAAUGUGUUUUAAGUCCGAGAUUUUUUUAAGGUGCACAGGCAAAACUGAGGUCGCACCGGCAAAACUGCGAUCGCACUUGCAACCGAACAAUGCUGAACUAGUGAUUUAAAUCGCGGCUACCAGCGAUGCAAUGCGACCUGCAAUGACUACCUCAAACAAGUCGUUAUAGUCGCAUGUGAUUGCAGGUCGUAGCAAUUUAAAUCUCUCGUUGCGGGUGUUUUUGAUCUCUGUCGGCCCGUCACUGUUUGUAUUUGAUGGCACGUUGUCUUUGGCUUUCAAGUAUGAUUUUUCUUUUCUUUUUCAUGAUAAUGAUUAAAUAAUUAUGGCAUGUUUUCACCUGUUGGAUGUUUUUAAAAUGACAAUUAUGCAUUGUUUCGUUUUAAAUAAUGAGGUCCUCAUUGUUUUAUGCCCUCAGAUGUUGUAAAAAUUAUUUCAAGAUUUUGAAGUUCGAUCUUUUAUCUGUAAAGCACAACCAAUGAAUCUUACUUUUGGACACAAAUUCAAAUUCACAGCUGUUAUAUUUUUCAACCAGUUUCGAAUUCAGUUAGGAAAAUUUCUAUUUUAAUAAUUUAAUUAAAAGCACUUGCCUCAAGCAUCCAUUUAAUUCAAAUAUCAUAGAUGGCAUUAUCCAAGGAUUUUAGGUACCUUGUAUGUUUUUUAGGAAAUGAAAGAAUUUGGCAUUACUUUUUGGAUUUCUACAGUAUAGGAGCUUGUAGGAUGUUUUUCAAACAGAAUUUCGCUUUUUGAAUAUGCGAGGUCUUCAUUUAUCAAUGGACUGAUAAUUACUGUCCCCGCAGCAAUUUUGCUACAAUAUUGCUUGACAAAGUAUGUUUUUCACACUCGACUUCUAAAAUUUGUUUUGUUUCAAAACAAACCAAAAAUUAGCAUCAUAAAAAUCUUGCAUUAACAAAAGUUUGUUAGUUAAAAAGGAACAACAGAAUACAUGUUUGUAAAAAAAAGGAUAAUGAACUCUUCUAUUUAUCUCAGUCCAAAAGCAUCUUUUAAACUUGUAUAUAGAUACUCGAGGCUUCUUUGAAAGUAGUUAUUAAUAUAUGAAUAUAACUUGG